AUGUUGUUGGUGACUCCAAUCCAAUCCAAGUCCACUCUGAGAGACGACAACGCACCGACAGAUUCUUCUUCAUCAUCACUUGAACUCACAGUUGAGAAUGUGGAACGAGCAGGAGACGACGAUUCUUCUUCCAACACGACAUGUUGCAACACUUGUCCAAAACCAGAGAUCAUUGUCGUUCCAAAAUGCACAGUCGUCAAAGUGCCUGUUCGAAUUCCUUAUCCAGUAUUUAAGCCAAUUCCAAGACAUGACGAUGAUGUCAAGUGUCCCAAUGGCUAUGAAUUUGUGAAACCUAACAAGUGUAAAAAGACCAUUGUGAUCAAGAAGGAAGCAAGUUGUCCAAUUGGAUAUGUUCGUCUCAGUGAAACGGAAUGUUUACGUGUGGUGACCAUGUGUGGCCAUUCCAAUGGAAAUGACGAUGAUUCAUGUCCAUCUGGUUACAUUCCAUUCAAAGUAGAACAAGAUUCCGAUGAAUAUGACAAGUUAAAGGAACAAGAAGACAAAGACAAGUCCUCAGUGUUCUUUACCAAAGUAGUGGAAGGUUUGGCCUAUGGAUGUAAGAAAGAACAUGAUCAUCAUCACUUUACAUGUCCUAAAGGAUAUUAUUAUCAAAAUCCAUAUCAUUGUGUCAAAGUUGUGAAAUGUCCAAAGAAGGGAGGUUGGAUCAAGACUAAAGAUGGAAGAUGUGUUCGUACCUUAUUCAAAUGUCCACCUGGUUACAAGAAGCUUGGAAGAUUUGGUUUGAAAUGCAUCAAGAUGAAAUUGAAGUGUCCACCUGGUUAUCGUCAAUCCAAGAGAUCACCACGUUUGUGUUUAAAGACAAAGAUUGUGGUCAAGAUUAAGUGUCCAAAGAGAAUGUUUUAUAGUGAGACCAAGAAGACUUGUAUUUGGAACAAGUGUAGAAAUGUCAAGUGUAAGACUGAUUUGAAAUGUCCACCAGGUCAAGUUCCAAAAUUGAGAUCGAGAAAGAGUUGUUGUCCAACUUGUUCUCGUUGUGAAUGUGGAUCUUCUUUCAAUCCUGUUUGUACAAGAGAAGGUGUUAUUGUAUUCAAUUUGUGUACUGCUAAAUGUUUGGGAUUGGAAGUUGUCCAUGAAGGAGAAUGUACCACGAGAGAAAUUCAAAAGAUUCUCAAGAUUUGUCCACCAUGUGAACAAUGCAAGAAUAAGAAGAGACGUCCAGUUUGUGGUGUAGAUGGUGUCACUUAUCCAAAUAUUUGUGUGGCUAAAUGUGUGACAAGUGGUCAAUUUGUUUUGAAGAGAAAGGGAGAAUGUACCAAGGCUGAUUGUGCCGAAGGAACUUCCCAAAAGAUGGUUUCAGAAUUUCUUCCAUUCUUUGAAAGAGUAUUGAAAUCUCAAGCAAUCAAUAAGAAGAAAAGACAAGAAGAAGAAGAGGAGUAA